GCAGGCAGCAGUAAUCUGGUUUCAGGACCACGGCCAGAGACACCGUUUGGCCAUGAAUCCUGUCGAAAGUUGCAUCCAGCUCCCUGCGAACCUUACCGGACACCGCCGGGUGUGAAGAAGUUCACUUGGACAUUAAGGACUCUGACAAAGUGGAACUGACAAUGUUUGUUCAGUUCAUUUUACAUAAAGGAGGUUGAAGCAAGUUAAAUCUCUGGAAAAUCCGUGUCGCUGGCAACAGAUUCCGCUGCACAGGAACCUGCGGGGUUAAGGGAGUCCGGUAAUCAAGUAAAAUUAGUUGUUUUUUUUUUUUAUGUGUGAGUGAGAAAGACGAGGCGGAGGGAGCAGAGGAGAAGGCUGUGCGCUCAGGCGGGAGCGCGCAAACACUGCACAUUGGUCGGAUCCUGGAGUCGUGAGGAUGGAGAUCCGGCCGGACAGGUUUAAGGCCGUGGCAGCCAAGACUCUGGGGAAAAUAUACGGAGUUCUUGAGAAGAAGCAGGAAAAUGGCGAGACAAUUGAGCUGUCGGCAGAGGGCCGGCCGGAGAUGGUGGAGGAAAAGGAGAUGCCCGUGGUGGACUGCACAUGCUUCGGCCUGCCCAGGCGCUACAUCAUCGCCAUCCUCUCCGGUUUGGGCUUCUGCAUCUCCUUUGGAAUCCGAUGUAACUUGGGUGUGGCCAUCGUCAGCAUGGUCAACAGCCACACCAUCUACAGAGACAACAAGGAGGUCAUAGUGAAAGCUCAAUUUGACUGGGAUCCAGAAACAGUGGGAAUGAUCCAUGGUUCCUUCUUCUGGGGAUACAUAGUAACCCAAAUUCCAGGAGGGUUCAUUUGUCAAAAGUUUGCAGCCAACAGAGUGUUUGGUUUUGCUAUCGUGGCCACAUCUUGCCUGAAUAUGCUUAUCCCCACGGCAGCCCGGAUGCACUUUGGCUGUGUUAUCAUUGUCAGGGUGUUUCAAGGACUUGUGGAGGGAGUCUCAUAUCCUGCCUGUCACGGUAUUUGGGCAAAAUGGGCACCACCACUUGAAAGAAGUCGCCUGGCCACAACAGCCUUUUGUGGUUCUUAUGCUGGCGCUGUGAUUGCCAUGCCGUUAGCUGGAAUCCUAGUCCAGUACUCAGGAUGGUCAUCAGUCUUCUAUGUCUACGGAAGUUUUGGGAUCGCGUGGUACUGCUUCUGGAUCCUGGUGUCUUAUGAAAGUCCAGCAGUCCAUCCCACCAUCACUGAUGAGGAGAGGAAAUACAUUGAGGACAGCAUUGGCGAGACGGCCCAAUUUACAGUAACGAAAUUCAACACACCAUGGAGGGCGUUCUUCACGUCCAUGCCAGUGUACGCCAUCAUCGUGGCUAAUUUCUGCAGAAGCUGGACUUUCUACUUGCUUCUCAUCAGCCAGCCCGCGUACUUCGAGGAGGUGUUUGGAUUUGAGAUUAGCAAGGUGGGCAUUGUUUCCGCACUUCCCCAUCUGGUUAUGACCAUCAUUGUGCCCAUUGGUGGCCAGCUUGCCGACUAUCUGCGCUCCAACCACAUCAUGAGCACCACUAACGUUAGGAAACUUAUGAACUGUGGAGGGUUUGGGAUGGAGGCAACUCUGCUGCUGGUGGUGGGCUUCUCUCAUACAAAAGGUGUUGCCAUUACAUUCCUGGUUCUGGCUGUGGGUUUCUCUGGCUUUGCCAUUUCAGGUUUCAAUGUAAACCACCUGGACAUUGCACCCCGAUACGCUAGCAUUCUCAUGGGCAUCUCCAACGGUGUGGGCACUUUAUCUGGUAUGGUUUGCCCACUUAUAGUUGGUGCCAUGACGAAGCACAAGACCCGAGAGGAGUGGCAGGGUGUGUUUCUCAUUGCCUCACUUGUUCAUUACGGAGGUGUUAUAUUCUAUGGCCUUUUUGCAUCUGGAGAGCAGCAAGCUUGGGCCGAGCCAGAGCAGCUGAGUGAUGAGAAAUGUGGCAUCCUGGAUGAGGAUGAGCUUGCAAAUGAGACAGAGGAGCUGUAUCGCACAAGUGGCGGAGCAGGCUACGGAGCGAUGAACCAGGGAGCAGAUCCCAAUGGAGGCGGAGGCGUGGGAGGAGGAGGAGGAGGCUGGGUCUCAGACUGGGACAAAACUGAGGAGUACGUACAACCAGCCGGAACCAAUAAUUACCUUUAUGGAGUACAGGGGGACCGAGAGCUAACAUAAAAGCGGCAGACCCUCUGCACAUAGCCUUUAGUGAGGCAGAAACAGUACAUCAACAGUGUGAAGUUUCACCUGAUGGCGUGGAGAACUAAAAGUGCGGAUUUAAAACGGAAGGCGGGAAGGGACAAUUUUCAGCAAGUCUGACUAUAUUAACAUAACUGAACUGAAUUCAAAGAGACUGCACAGUGGAGGUGAAGACAUUAGUAAAUGUAAAAUGUGUGUUUGUGUGUGAUUGCAGUUGUGUACCCUGUGUGACAAUCUAAGUAAGAGUGUUUUAGGACCCGUCAGCCUCCUCUGUAAUAUCUGUUGGAGAAGGGCUGUGUUUUAGGCCUGGUGUGGCUUUCUGUGAUGUUCAUUCAUUGUAAUAACUGUAGAAAUUUCUAUAUUGAUUUGGAUUUAAUUAGUAUGUCUCUCAUUUAUAUUUGAGUCAGUCCAGAUUACAAAUCUUUAGGCGCACAUUGGUCAAAAGCGCAUUUCUUUUGUUCGAUGAAAACGUGUUAAAUUUGUUUAACUGGUUUUUAAAAAAGUUGCGUAAAUGGUUGUAGAGUUUCUGCAACCCAUAGCAGAGUACGCACCUCCAUUUAAGUUAAAGUUUUGUCCUUAAUGUGCACACUUUUAAGGAAAAGCAUGUUACUUGUGCCAAUACAACAAAAAUAUUUUGCUCUUUAGUAUUGGUUUACUUAUCCACUGAGAAAGUAAUUGAACACCUACAAAUAUUACUGUUUUCUGUUAAGUCUAAAUAGCCCAAUACUGACAUUUUUAGAUGCAGCAUUUUGAUUUCCUUGUGUAAAAAUGUUUCAUGUGCUGGGCCUCUAACCUGUCUGCCUGCUGACAAACUGGGGAAUUAAAAUGCCUCGUAUAGGACUACAGGGAAUGUCAUUAUCCAGGGUAAUAACAAUCCUAUAUUAAAUUAGUUUCUUAGUUUGGAGCUAUGUUUAUUGCUAUUAGGUCUCUGUUUCCUUCCAAAUCCAAGAUCUGAAUUUUGUUCAUUAUGCUUUACAUGUAAUAUAUGCUUCAUUAAUGUUAUGUUAUAUUGUUGUCAGACAGUUAAUGCUUUAAGUGUUAACGGGCAAGUCAUUCUGCUCUCACUGUAUUCAUAACCUGUGAACACUAACACAUGCCAGUCACCGAUUUCUGUCACAGUUUCAAGGCUGUGAACCGAAGCUGUUGUUUGAUGCCAGUAAUGUAGCGUAUGUCAAGAUGAAUGUGCAGAUAAAAAGGGACUGUCACUCUUAUAAAGCCACCACAUGCAGUACAUCUUGGCCAAUCUCAUUAGAAGGUGUGAUAUCCGUUUGCUUUACUCUAUAGUCAGACAAGCUGAAGAUAUGUGAAAUGAUCAGUAAACUAAAGACCAAUUAAACAUAAUGGACAACAUAACAAUGAAAUUUCACUGUACAUGAGCAAUUUGUUUUAUUUUUGUUUGUAGGUGUUGUAAUGUAUCUAGCUAGUCCCCAAAUUUAAGGUUUAAAAUAAAAGAAUAUCUCUGUGUUAGGUCAUGGGAUUAUAUCACUUUGGCUGAUACAGUUUCAAUUAUUUGGAGUUCACUAAUAGAUUAUAUAUUAAAUGUUAGGGUUUUUACUGUUUUGUCAUUUUUCAUUAAUUUAUUGUUUAAUGUUUUGU